GAUGUUGAAGAAGUAAGCGAAGAGGAAGAGGUGCAGAGCGUCGGAGCGAAUUCAGAAGUUUCUCAAUCAAAUAAGAUUGCCGAGGAUAAUGAGGAAAAUGAGGAGGAGGAAAAUUUGGGCUCAGCUAGCGAUGCUACCAGCCAAGAUAAAGCAGUAGCUGUGGAACAUGAUAAUGGAGAAGAAAAGGAGGAAGGAGAGGAGGAGGAGGAAGAGCAGCCUGGCCCAUCGAAACGUCGACGUAUUAUGCUGUCCAGUGAUGAAGAGGAUGAUAUGGAUAAGACGCCAGCAUCACCAAAAUCCAGCACAGAGGUUGGUGUUGGUCAGCUAAUGACCAAUAUAUUUGGUGAAGAUAGUGAUGAUGAAAAAGAGGCCGACGAUCAGUCACAAAGCCAGACUGCUAAAAGCGGGGCAGAAGAUGACGAUGAAGAUGAGCCGCGAUAUAUUCGCGAUGAGGUUGACGAGGAUGACAGAAAAGUUUGGGAUUUUGAUGUUAUGAUGCGUGAGAAGAAGGCAGAAAGGCAUAGGCCACGUAGAAGACGUCGUGAUGGUUCAAUUGAUAUCGGUGGCGCCUACGAUGAUCAGAUCAGAAUGCUCAUCGAUGCUAUGAAAGCUGCUGCAAAGAUCUUAACCGUUCUGAUUGGUUCAUACAUUGAUCUGAAGAAUUCCUCCUGGUUUUUUGGUUUUGGUUUUAAAAAUGUACUUUUCUGA